AUGGAAAUGUGUGCCGGACCACACCAUUUUCCCCAGAUUUCGGAGUGGAAAGGUAUAAAUAUCUUGCCCUUCUCCCACCUUCCUGGCACCCGCAUUUCCCUCCUCUCCAUGACUUAUGCGCACCAACAUGAACUACAAAAGUUGCCUAUUCCGGACUUGAAUGAAACUUGUACCAACUACUUGAAUGUGUUGAAACCACUUCAAACAGAGAAAGAGCACGAGGCCACUUUGCAGGCAGUCAGCCAGUUUUUGAAGGAUGGUACCGGCAAGUAUCUCGAUUCUGAGCUUAGGAAAUACGCAGAAACCAGAAACUCUUAUAUCGAGCAGUUCUGGUACGACGCCUAUUUGAACUAUGACUCGCCUGUAGUGUUGAACUUAAAUCCGUUUUUCCUCUUGGAGGACGAUCCGUUCAACAAUGAAGCUUCUUGCUUGAACCCUCAAGUUAAAAGGGCUGCCAGCUUGACCCUCUCUUCCUUGAAAUUCAUUCGUGCCUUGAAGAACGAAACGUUACCUGUCGACAAGCAAAGAAACGGCAAGCCUCUCUGCAUGUACCAAUACUCCAAAUUAUUUGGCGCUUCGAGAAUUCCUACCGAUGAUGGAUGUGUCAUGCAAUCAGAUCCGUACUCAAACCAUAUUGUUGUAUUGAGCAAGUCCCAGUUCUAUUGGUUUGACGUCUUGGAUGCGAAUAACAAUUUGAUCAUGCUGGAGCUGGAUUUGAUGAGCAACUUCACCUCAAUUAUCCACGACUCUCUCAAAACGCCUCGUAAUGAGAUUGCAAAGUCUUCCUUUGGCGUUUUAACGACAGAGAAUCGAAGAAUCUGGGCUAAGAUUAGAACUUCGCCCACUAUCGUCAAUAACCUGAACAACAGCGAAAUCUUGUCCAUUGUGGACUCUGCUUUGUUUAUCAUUUGUCUUGAUGAUCUUGUCUUGCACAACUUGGAUGACUUGGCAAAGAACAUGUUAUGUGGCUUGUCAAUCCUAGAUAAGGGAGUUCAGGUUGGUACUUGUACAAAUCGUUGGUACGACAAGUUACAAAUUAUUAUAACCCAAAAUGGUAAAGCUGGUAUCAACUUUGAGCACACUGGUGUUGAUGGCCAUACGGUCUUGCGGUAUGUCAGUGAUAUCUACACCGACUCUAUUCUUUCCUUCGCCCAGUCCAUCAACUCAAACUCUCCUUCAUUGUGGGACAAUGGUCGUUCGAAUUCUUUAGAUGAGAAUCAAAACGAUCUCGUCACAAUUCCAAGGAAGUUGGAGUGGGUUUUGACCCCGGACUUGUCACUUGCCUUGCGUUUUGGUGAAACUCGUUUGUCUGACUUGAUCAACCAGAACGAAUUCAGACACUUGGAGUUCAGAAGUUAUGGCUCCUCGACAAUUAAGAAAAUGAAAUAUAGUCCGGAUGCUUUUGUUCAGAUGGCUUUCCAAGCAGCAUACUAUGCUUUGUAUGGAAAAGUUGAAUGUACCUACGAACCGGCGAUGACAAAAUCAUUUUUCCAUGGAAGAACAGAGGCAAUCCGUACCGUGUCUCAGGAGUCUAACUUGUAUGUGCGCAAGUUCUUUGAUCCCUCAUUGCCCCCAGAAGAGAAAUUGAAGUAUCUCACUGAUGCCUGUGCUAAACACACUGAGCAAACAAAGAGAUGCUCAGCUGGUCAUGGUGUUGACAGGCACUUGUAUGCGUUAUUCUGUAUCUGGAAGCGCUACGUUUCAGGCGGUUUCUCUGACUUCACAGCUACAGAAAUGAGAGGGGAUGACACUAUUACAGCCCCAACAGAUGCUAUGAGCAGCUCUUCCAGUAACACUGUUGGAGAGAAUGAUCAGCAAAUUUUGAAAGAUGGUUUAACUCAGUUACCUUCAAUAUUCGCUGAUGCUGGUUGGGACAAGCUCAAUAACACGAUCAUUUCGACUUCCAAUUGUGGCAAUCCUUCUUUACGUCUCUUUGGAUUCGGUCCAGUAAGUGCAAAUGGUUUUGGAAUUGGUUACAUUAUCAAAGAUGAUUCCAUUUCUAUUUGCGCUUCAUCGAAACAUAGACAGACUCGAAGAUUCCUUUUGACUUUAGAUUCUUACUUAAAUGAAUUCUACAGAAUCUGGAAGGAAGUCAAUGAUAGCAAUGAAAUUUCUGCUCCAAUAGACACAGAAAUUAAAUCGGCUCAGCACCCGGUGAAGGCUGCUCCUGCUCCACGCAAGAGUGAUGCAUUAACUACCUUAUUAGGUGGAUACGGUUACUUCGACAUGGGAGAAGAUGAUAUUAAGUCCAGAGGUCAGUCACCGGAACCACCUUUCUUGACCCGUAUGGAUAGCAACUUUUCUGUACGUGACAUCGAGAAGAAGUUGAGAUUGUCAGAGUACUGA